AUGCCCGAGACCCCGGUUGCUGCAGCGAUAUCUGACAGCAGCAGCAGUAACGCCUACGUCCGGCUACACGUCUCCCCGCUAGACGCCGAACUUCUCCCCGUGGUCCUCAACUCGACCUUGCUUCCCAAGGCUCGCAACAUCUCCUUCCACACGCUCGAAACUUUCCCCGAGAGGCGUUACGGCUUCGUCGAACUUCCCAAGGAAGACGCCGACAAGGUCCGCAAAAAGUUCAACGGCGCCGUGCUGAGAGGAAACAAGAUGAAGGUCGACCCCGCCAAACCAGACAAGACCCCCGCGCCGCUGGGCGAAGAAGUCGCCCUGGCCGACGAAAAGAAGAAGGAGAAGAAGGAGAAAAGGUCCAAGAAGUCGCGUGAUUCUUUGUUGUCGUCAGAGGACAAGAAGAAGUCCAAGAAGCGCAAGCGCGAGGAGAUCACCGGAGUCGUCCUGGAAGAGGGCAGACAGGUCAAGCGAGGAUGGACGUCCGCCGACGAGCCCAAGAAGGAGCGCAAGGACAAGCGCGACAAGAAGGAUAAGAAAGAAAAGAAAGAUAAGAAGGACAAGAAGAAGCAACGCGUCAAGUCGAAAUACACGGACCAUGACGAGUGUCUCGUCAAGACGGUGCUGCCGCCUAACAAGGUAGCCAAUACCGAGGGCGUGGAGGGUAUGGUCAAGAAGAAGAAGAAGGACAACAAGCGCGAGGUGGUGGUUCAUGAGUUUGCCAAGACGACCAAGUUCCCGACGUUCCUCAAGGCGGCGACCACUUCUGGCUCCUCGAAGAAGGCCCCUCCACAGUUUGACGAGGAGAAGAAGUGCUGGGUGGAUGAGGAUGGAAAUGUGGUGGAGGAGGUCAAGGCCACGCGGAAACCGACUACGGGCUUGCUUACGCUUGAUGCUGAGCUCCAGCCCGAGGAGGAGGAGGACGACUCUUCAUCGUCGUCUUCUGAGGAUGAAGGCGAGACGAGGAUUAUCAAGUUGUACCAUGAGUCUAGCAGCGAGGAAGAGGAUGAGGAUGAGGAUGAGGAGGAGGAGAAGGAGGACAAGAAGAAGGACGACAAGGAGGACGAGUCGGGCAGUGAGGCCGAGGAGAAGUCAGAAGACGAGAAAGAGACCAAGCCUGCUCCCGAACCCGCAAAAGAAGAGUCAGCCUCCGACGCCGAAUCCAGCGACGACGACGACGACGACGACAAAGACGCUUCUUCUCCCCCAGCAAAGAAAGAGAAAGCCUCAACACCUCCACCAACCUCAAACAAGGUCACUUCCAAGACCACCUCCAGUCCCGGCAAGAACCUCUCCAUCCGCAUCCCUCCUCCUCCCGCAACCCCUGCCCCAGCCACCAGCACCAAAACCGAGGUGCACCCCCUUGAGGCGCUCUACAAGAAGCCCAAGGUAGUAGACGGAGAAGCAGCCGCGGCAGAAAACCAGCAGGCCACCACCGGCUUCAGCUUCUUCGGCGGUAACAAUGACGAUAUCGAAGAGGAUGAGGAGGAAGUCACCACACGCCCUACCACUCUCCAGGUGCCUCUGACGCCUUACACUGAGAAUGACUUCGAGUCUCGCGGUCUUAGAAGUGCUGCGCCUACGCCUGAUACGGCGCACCCGAGCCGCGGAAGGUUUAAGCCGUGGGAGGAUGAUAAUGAGUCGGGUAAAGAGGAUGAUGAAGAGGAUGAGGAUGCUGAUAUGGUGGAUGCCGUUGCGGGAGCGACGGGAUCUACAGAGACUGGUGCUGACGCGACCAGCGAUUUCCAAAAGUGGUUCUGGGAACACCGCGGUGAUCUGAACCGGUCGUGGAAGAAGCGCAGGAAGUUGGUGGGUAAGGAGAAGAGGUAUAGAGAGAAUAGGGCGAGGAUGGCGAGGGCGAUUUGA